AUGGAGUUUCCGUUCAUGCGAGCAUUUAUUGCCCUCUUUUUGUAUCGCUACUUCCGUCUUGUUGUGAAUCUCUUUUCUUUCUGGACGUUCAAACCAAUUCCUCCGCCGGAGAAUCCGAAGUUGACUGCCCAAGAUGUAACGGUUAUCUUACCAACGUUAGAGGGAUGUGGUGAUGAACUCGUGGAAACCAUAAGAACGAUUCUCGACACUCAGCCCUACGAACUCCUUUUGGUCACCAUUGAAGCGAAUCGACAAAAAGCUGAGAACAUGCUGAGCUUGAUGCCCGCUUCGAAGUCAAGAAUCCGCUUGUUCACCGUUACUCACCCCAACAAGCGCCGACAAAUGACUAGAGCGAUCCCUGAAGUCAAGACUACUAUCACGGUCUUCGCAGAUGAUGACGUGAGUUGGCCACGCACAGUCCUCCCUUGGAUGCUAGCACCUUUCGAAAAGGAUGAGCGAUUCGGUGGUGUGGUAACUUGUCAACGUCUGAGACGGGCUGUUUCGCCAUCAUUCUCUCAACGCAUAUGGGGAUUUCUGGGUGCACUUUACUUGGAACGAAGAAACUUCGAUUGUGCGGCAACAACGCAUAUUGACGGUGGACUUCCCUGCAUGUCAGGCCGGACAGUCGCAUACAGAACAGAUAUCCUUCAGAAUGAGGGAUUCACGUAUGGAUUUACCAACGAAGAAUGGUGGUUCGGAAAGUACCAAUUGAACGCAGACGACGACAAUUUCAUUACCCGUUGGAUGGUGUCGCAUGGCUGGGAGACUUAUAUGCAAUAUCAUCCUGAAGCGGAGGUCUUGACAACUCUGGAAGACAACCCCAAGUUUCUCAAGCAGUGCGCGCGCUGGUCCCGAAGCAACUGGAGGAGCAACCUUACAAGCAUGUUCCACGAAAAACACAUCUGGUAUCGCCAGCCUUGGAGCGCAUACGCUGUUCACUUGACGACGCUUUCGCCGCCAGCUUUCCUCGGCGAUUUAUUGCUCCUUAUACUAUGUCACAAGGCUACGGUUUCUUGGGACAAUGAUACGCACGCGCUAGCUAUGCAAGCUCUCGGACUGUGGAUGUUUAUUAGCAAGUUCAUCAAACUUCUCGGACAUUACAUCCGUUACCCGGUUGAUGUUAUCCUUUUGCCGGUGUCCAUCCUCUUCGGCUAUUUCCACGGAGCUAUUAAAAUAUACGCCGUGCUAACUCUGAAUGUGACCACAUGGGGUAGCAGAGACGGUGCUGAUGAUUAUGACGCGGAGCGGAUGAAGAAGCGAACGGACACGGACCGUAUGAAACGGCCUUAUUACCCGAGUUACAUAACUCAAUGA